CUCGGACCGCAGAAGCAGAGGGAUCUGAUUGAGUCAAGGUCAGCCCCGCGCCCCCAAGAACAACAACAACAAAAACCUCUGCACCCACGACAAACAUUUUAGUUUUCAUUAACCAUCAGUGCUUUGCUUUUCAAUCUGAGAAGGGGAGAGUGACAGUCACUAACUUGCUAAACUACAGCUCGUUAAGAAACUACGCCUUCGAGCAAACAAAACCAAAAGCAGACCCUCAGCCCAGCCCCUACCGCCAGGGCCGCACCUAAGGGGCACAACCCGCGGACCGAACGCGACGCCGAGGCAACCCCGAGUCUUCCGGCCUCCGAGGGAGGGGAGCCCCGGCCCCGCCCACUCCGCGCCCUCGCACCUUCUCCACCUAAUCACGAGGCGCCCCGCCCUUCCGUUGCUGCCGCGCGGGAAGGUAUAAAAACGACCGUGCCGCGUCUGGCUGCUCAGAAACAGCGCCCGCCGCCUCCGGGAGCAGUACGCACGCGCCCGCCCGCUCCGCGCGCAGAGGGACCAAUCAGUGGCGGCUUCAGGGCAGCGGCGCCGGAACGCCGGGGGAGGCGCAGGAAGUGACGCCGCAGCGUGCUGACGCGCGGGCUCGAUCCGAGGCCCGAUUCCGCGCCCGCCAUGGCCGACAAAAUGGAUAUGUCUUUGGACGACAUCAUUAAGCUGAACCGGAGCCAGCGAGGCGGCCGCGGCGGAGGCCGGGGUCGCGGCAGGGCCGGUUCCCAGGGCGGCCGCGGCGGUGCGGUGCAGGCCGCCGCGCGGGUGAAUCGAGGCGGCGGGCCUAUGAGGAACCGGCCCGCCAUCUCUCGCGGCGCCGCAGGCGGCGGCGGCAGGAACCGGCCGGCACCCUACAGCAGGCCGAAACAACUUCCAGACAAAUGGCAGCACGACCUCUUCGACAGCGGCUUCGGGGGUGGAGCCGGCGUGGAGACAGGUGGGAAGCUGCUGGUGUCAAACCUUGACUUCGGAGUGUCAGACGCUGAUAUUCAGGAACUCUUUGCGGAGUUUGGAACGUUGAAGAAAGCAGCUGUGCACUACGAUCGCUCUGGACGAAGUUUAGGGACAGCAGAUGUGCACUUUGAACGGAAGGCAGAUGCCCUGAAGGCUAUGAAACAGUACAAUGGUGUCCCUUUGGAUGGCCGUCCCAUGAACAUCCAGCUCGUCACAUCACAAAUUGAUACGCAAAGAAGACCUCCACAGAGCAUAAACAGAGGUGGCAUGACAAGAAACCGUGGCUCUGGGAGUUUCGGUGGUGGUGGUACCCGAAGAGGGACCCGCGGAGGCAGCCGGGGAAGAGGUAGAGGUACCGGCAGGAACUCAAAGCAGCAACUUUCUGCAGAGGAGCUGGAUGCACAGCUGGAUGCUUAUAAUGCAAGGAUGGACACCAGUUAAACAGCCGAGCAAAUCCACACAAGUAACAGGACUCAGAAGCCUCGUCGUGAUCCCUAGAGGGAGGGUUGGCAACUGGACUGUGCAGACAAUGGUGGAUUUGUUUUUUGUUUCUUUUUUUUUUUUCCUCCUGUUUUAAAAUAGGAUCUAAAAACUCAUGUAAAGGCUUUUUUUUUUUUCCUUUUCUUUUUUUUUAAUUCUGAAACAGACCUGUUUUGUACCGAGUUAUUUUUGGGAUAAAUUUUACUGGUUGCUGUUGUGGAGAAGGUGACAUUUUCACCUUUAC